GCACUUCCGAUAUCGCGUAUUCCGUCUUGCCUCCUCCGAAUUGCUGGUGAGACUCUGUCAGCGUGAGGAAACUGAACUGAUUAUCGUAGCGGCAGGUCGACUUUGUAGAAUCGAUGGGAAAAAAGAAGCAAGACGUUUUAACACGUUGAUGAUUAUCGAAUCAAAGGAGGUCGAUUACCUUGUUCACGGUUUCCGCAUCUUCGAAUUAAUAACGAAAACCUGUAUAAUAUCGUAAUUGACAAAAAGUGAUUGUGAAAAUACUAUGAAAAUAUUGUCGGAAUUAUUUUUUGUUGAUACACUAUAUAAAAUAAUUUUUUGAAGCUAAUAGUAAUGGCCAUAUUAACAAUUAACGUGGUGAACAUGAAAAUAUACUUUUUCCUCAUUCCGAAUACGUAACAGAAACCACUUAACAGCUCUUAUAGCAAAUGCAUAUAUGUAUAGUGUGAACAAUCGAGGAGCUGAAGAAAACGAGGUCGUAUAAGCAAGAGAAUGGUGAACCGGUGCAAAUUUAUUUUACGGUUUUACGAGCCACUUCUAAGUUCAAGUGCAUUAGAGGAACUGGCGGACUUAUCGUGAAACCUGCCUCGGAUUCUCUUGUGAGAUUGCGCGGCCGACGCUUCGCGACGGCGGCUGACGCCGCUCGAAAUGCGACCAGGGCGCCGAAGUCGAGCAGAAGGAACCUCGGCAGAUCAGUUGAUUCUGGUUGAGCGUUCAGUUCGUCCUGUGCAGCCAUAAACACUGCGAGUUUUUUCGACUUCGGAUUUUUCAAAAUUGGAAAGUGAAAGAAACGAAUACAAAAGCAUGGCGGACCAGCAGCACAGCUAUAAACUGAUCUAUUUCAACUCUCGUGGCCGUGCCGAGCACAUUCGUUACAUAUUCGCGUUCGCCGGUAUCGAUUACGUCGACGAGAGGGUACCGAAGGAACGCUGGCCGGAACUCAAGAAAUGUAUGCCCUACGGGAUGCUUCCGGUCUUGGAAAUCGAUGGGAAAGCCAUUGCUCAGAGCAACGCAGUUGCGAGGUAUCUGGCGCGGCAGCAUGGCCUCGCAGGCCUCGACGAAUGGGAAUCCAUGCAGUGCGAUGUUCUUGUCGACACUCUGGGCGACCUCAAGCAAGGGAUCUCCCAGUAUCGCCACGAGGAGGAUCCGUUCAAGAAGGAGGAAAAGAAAGCGAAACUUUGGAAGGAGACGAUACCAUUUUAUUUGAACAAAUUCGAGCAGAACGUUGCUGAGAAUGGCGGAUACUCCGUUGGCACUACUACAACGUGGACGGAUUUUCUGUUCGCCGUGGCGUUGGAGAAUUUCGAGCAAAUCUUCGGAUCCGCUGCUCUUGAGAACUACCCUGCUCUCAGGGGGUUGAAGCAAAGGGUUCAUGAAAUACCGGCUAUAGCCGAAUGGCUGGGUAAACGACCCCAGACGGAAUUCUAAAAAUACAUUUUUUGAAGGGAUGUCACUUUAGGUUAUCUCUUUUGAGUGUUACUUUUUGGAUCGGUAUAGCAUAUCGAUUUGGGAUUGAUGAUCGAUCGAUUGAAAUGAACUUUGACUCGAACGAUAAAAUACAAACGAUUCCUUUGGGAUCCUUUAAUAUUAAUUUGCUCGAUAACCGCAGGACGGUACGAAGGGUGACUUUGAUUUUAUAUUAUUGAAUUUUAAUCGGCGUGAAAAAAAGUUAGGAUAGUAAAUGUGAAGAUCGAUCGACUAAAAUAUGGGCAUGGAAAUAUUGAUCGGAUUUUGAAGCUAAGAAUAACAUAAAUCGGCGGUAAAAUCGUUUCGCCGUUAAGUUCGAUCUAUAAUUAAUAUCGAUAGCACAAUUUGUUUUGAUCCAUGUUACCAAUCGGGAGCGAGAAUUAGAUGAACCUCAGAAAUAUACAGAGUAGGAUGUCCAGUGGAUCUUGCACAGAUUUUUUGCUCUGAGGGAUAAAAGAGAUUUUGGAAAGUAUUUCGAAACGCGCGCGGCCAUUGGACGAUUAACCUGAUUCUUUCAAACUUCCUUCCACGAUACCUUUGACAGUUGGAAUAUUUUUAUAAGAAAUUUACUCGCAUUAAUGCGGAUGCUCUCUGUUUCUCGCUCUCUCGGGUCUCGCAGUCGUAUAAAUCUUCGUGGUCUGUGGCCCUUUUUUCCUUCGGCGUGUCUCAGAAGUUUCGAAUAUUUUUUUAAUUCUUUCCCAGAUAAGCAGGAAAUUUUACUUUUUGUCUUGGCUCUAAAGGAGCCUGCGAUCGGAACAUACAGGUAGCGAGAACGGCCAGAUAUCGUGAAAUGGCCGAAAAUGAAACGUAUCUGUUAGAUGUAUAGGUGUAAUAAGUGUUAUCCUAUAUAUAAAAAAUAUAUAUAUGUAUAUAUGUGCGUGUGACUCAAAAUUAGAAUUGUUCGGCGAACCAGCUUCGUAAAAUUCACUUCCACCAUUGCUCAUCGAUCAUGCGUAUUAUUAGUUUCAUGAUUUUAAAGGUGCUUUUGUGCGAGCCCGCGAUUCCUUUAUGUUCAAAAGGUUUCGUUUCUCGCUUGUGUUCAAAAAUACAGAAAAGAAUGGAAGUGGGAAGAAAUAAAAAGAAAAUUAGUAUCGA